AUUUAUUCAUUGUUCCCUUGCACUUCAAAAGAUCAAUAGCAAACGAAUGGGAGAGAAAAUCUCCGACACUGCCUCUCUAGCGUGUGGUAAAGGUAGUCGUAAUUUGUAUAAUUCUCACAAAGGAAAAUUUUCUGGUCACCUAAAGGGCCAUUUUUAAAGAAUUUCGUACAUUUCAUUCAUGCGAACAGAUGUGUCAUUCAGGAGAGCAUCAAUCAACAAUGUCUGAUGAGGUGCUGAUGUAGCUAGGCCCUAAGCGAAAGAAAAACAUUGCGGAACGAAAUGGAGUUUUCUUACAAAAUUAGAGCCACGGACGUAUCUUAUUUCAAGAGACUGCUCAUUCUAUUGCAUUUUUCUCAAUUAGUGAAGACAGAAUUUACAGUGAAUGGGCUGCUUGGAAACUCUGUGACUUUGGUUUGCAAUGUAAAUGGGGUUUCACUUGACCUAGGGACUGAGGUAAUCACAUGGAAGCAUAACAGUGGAUCUCUAUUUAUCGAUGGCUCAAGAGUUAGACAGCCUGAAAAGUUCAAAUUAGAAAUUAAUCCUCUCAAGUAUUCAGAUGGUGGACUUUAUUCAUGUUAUAUGCAAACAAUUUUGCUGAAUAGUACAAGGCUAAAUAUUGAAGGAAAGCCAUUCUUUACUGAGGUUUUUGACCCUAAGACUAUAUUUUCUGGUAAAGAGUUCAAUCUCAGAUGUGCCAUAAAAAGUCAUCCUGUUGCUAAAGUGAUAUGGAAAAGGAAUGGUGUACAAAUAACCAAUGGCAGUGGUAUUGCUAGCUUCACCUAUCAAGUUCCUGGUGAUGUUGUCAGGAGCGAGUUGAGAAGUGCCUCUGCAUCCUACUUGCAUAAUGGUACAUACAGUUGCACUGCAAGCAACAGCCAUGGUUCCAUAAAUCAUGAAGCACCUAUACAAAUUUAUGUUCCUGCCUUCAUAAAGAGCCCGCCAGAUUCAAUGAAUGUUGUGAGAGCUGGAUCAAACGUCACAUUAAGAUGUAUUGCAUUUGGCAACCCUCAGCCAUCACUGUUCUGGUUAAAUGGGACAGGAGGCCAGCCUGAUCCUCAACGAUACUUGGAAGAAACACAUGUUACUGGUUUUAAAAAGGACAGCAGUUUGAGAAUAGUGAGGGCAAAAAGAACCGAUUCUGGGAAUUUUACUUGUGUUGUGAUGAACAGUUUCUCUUCUGUUAACAGGGCAAAUGUGGCUCUUAAAGUACAAGAUAUUCCAAUAUGCUGUCGCAUUAUCAGCGAGGAGUUUCUCAACCGACGAAUAAAACUUUCGUGGAAUGCUCUGUCCGAUGGUAACAGCCAGAUCUUCAGGUACAGCAUCGUAGUCAAAAAUCGAUACUAUCAACGAAAUUUCGUCUUGCCUGCCUGGCAGAAGGAAUUGGAUGUGGCACCGAUAAGCCCGAGCAUGCCAUACGAAAUUGCUAUGACAGCUGAAAACGCUAUUGGCGUUUCAAGAGAGUUCAUUGUAAGAGGAGAGACGUUAAAAGAAGACUAUUCUACUUGUAUCUCCAGCUUCAUAAAUGUUGCCACUUCAGCGAGUGUUACUAUCGGCUGGAGUCCCAGCUGUGACCCGUCCUCGUACACUGGCAACAUGUACGUUGAUGUCAUUGUUCUGAAGAAGGCCGAUUUGGUACGUGUGACCACGUUCGAAAACAAACCAGGAAACAGAAGUACAACGGUCACGGGAUUAGCCCCUAAUACUGAAUACGGAAUCAGAAUUCGAGAGAUAGAACCAGGAAAGAGGAAAGGCACCCAGACUGAAGUUCUUAAGAUUGUGACCAAAGAAUCGGCACCAUCACUGCCACGCAACGUCAAAGCCACUCCGUUAGACGCAACGUCUAUCCGAGUUUUUUGGGAUCCACCAGCCUUGCUAAAUGGCGUAGUGAGGGAGUAUGAGGUUGAAUUUGGAUACAAUGAACAGGGAAGUGUUGUUUAUGUUAAGAACAUGAAGAAAAUCAACGCUGAGUUUAACCCAGAAAGGAGCUACACUCUAAAGCAGUUAAUAGCCAACACACUGUACAAUAUUUCAGUGCGAGAAAGGACUGGAGUAGGCCUAUGGAGCCAGAAGGCUGCUGUAAGCGUGAAAACGAGGGAAGGAGUUCCCAUAGAGUCUCCGCAGAAUUUCUCGAUGACGCUUACAAACGACUCUCUUGUCACCCUGUCCUGGAAGGGCAUUCCCAGGGAGAGUGCAAAUGGUGACCUGAUUGGCUAUGUAGUUGCUAUCAAAGAUUUGCUUGGCAAGACUAUUUUUAACAAGACGGUCGCCUCAAAUGCGACGACAAUUCGUAUUGAAACGUUAAAAGCACAUCACCAGUAUGAAGCGACUAUUUAUGGUUAUACAAAUGUCGGAGCGGGGAAGCUACAGUCGCUUAUUUUCUUCACCGCAGACGGGGUUCCUUCAGCGCCGCGCGAGUUGCAAGUUAUGGGAAUGGACAGUUCCUCUUUAAAGCUAACGUGGAAGCGCCCUCAAAACUCAAAUGGCAUGAUAACAGCAUACCAAAUCAACUGGGAAAUGACACAUAGCUCCCUAAGCAGGUUGACUCGAUCUGUCAACUCACAAGGAACAAGUAUAAUCCAAGGCGUUCCAGCUGACUUGAAUGAAAUUCGCCAGCAUUUCAUUAGGAAUUUGAAACCGUUCAGCAUCUAUGGUGUGCGUGUGCGGGAAAGGACUGUAAACGGCUGGGGGCCCUUUACACGGAAAGUUGAAGCAGCAACCUUCGAAGGAGAAUCUAGUGAGCCUUUGGGUCUUAAAGUCGUGUCCAGCACCAGCAACAGUGUCUCUUUCAGUUGGACAACACCACGAAAUCCGAAUGGUGCAAUAAAGGUUUUUAGUGUGAAGUGCUACCAGGAGCAGAGCAUGCUUAAAGACCAGAAAAAUGUCACCUUUAGCAAGAAGAUAGCCAUCUACAGAGCUACGUGCCAUAAUCUAAAAAGCAACACAGAAACAAUGAUCAUGGUUUAUGCUGUAAGCUCCAUUAAAGGAAAAGCAAAAAUUAUCACUGCCACUAGUGCUGUUGCCCCGGAUACGGGGUUUCCAUGGCUAAUGCUGAUUGGUGGUUGUGUUGGCUUUGUGAUUGUUGUUGCAUUGAUAAUGACAACUGUUUUGCUCUGUAAAAGGAAAACGAAAUAUGUCGAGGUUAGAGAAACAUUGGAAGACGUUGAGAUGAAUGGCGUCUUGAACAGUCGACCAAUUCACAUUGCCAAUUUAAAACAGUAUGUUUUGCAUAACCAUACGAACAGUGAUCAUGGUUUUUUCACCGAAUAUGAGGCCAUAAAACCAGCUGCUGGAAAUUUGACAUGGGAGCACAGUCAGAACCAGUUGAACCAACCAAAGAACCGAUACAGUAAUAUAGUUGCAUAUGACCAAUCAAGGGUGGUCCUGAGUGAGAUCAACAAUGACAUAUCUACAACUUAUAUCAAUGCAAAUUACAUAGACGGCUACAAAAAACCGAGAAAAUUCAUAGCAACUCAAGGUCCACUUCCUGGAACUGUAAAUGACUUCUGGCGCAUGGUAUACGAACAAGGCUGUCAGGUGAUCGUGAUGCUCACGCGAAUCAUAGAAGACCAUAAGGUGAAAUGUGAGCAGUACUGGCCAGAUCCUGGCACGCAGCAGUACGGGGAGAUUGUUAUCAAGCUAAUUGAAGUCACAGAAUUGAGUGACUAUGUGGUGAGGACUUUCACGGUAAAAGCGGCCUAUGACGUGGAAGCUGUCGGACGAGAAGUGAAGCAGUAUCAUUAUCUAGGAUGGCCCGACCAUGGUGUUCCAGAAUACCCCACUUCGAUGGUAACCUUCACCAAGUAUGUCAUGGAUAAUGCACCCCCUAAACCAGGACCAAUCGUCGUGCAUUGCAGCGCUGGGGUCGGUAGAACUGGAACACUGAUCGUUAUUGACGCAAUGUUGAAUCAGAUAAGAGAUGAAAACAUUGUCGAUGUCUACAAAUUUGUUUCUUCAAUUAGAAGACAAAGAAAUUUCAUGGUGCAGACAGAGUCCCAGUACGUGUUCAUCUAUGAUGCACUGCUGGAUGCUGUUAUAUGCGGCAACACGGAAGCCACGGCGCAUGACAUCUCCAUGAAGCUACGAUACUUGAACCAGCAAAGUCCAGAUGCGUCAGAAACAUAUCUAAUGCAAGAGUUCAAGCGUCUUGAGGCUGGACUCAGUAGCCAAGAAAAGGAGUUGUUCAGCAUAUCGAAUCUGCCUGAAAAUAAAGAGAAAAAUCGCUUCUUAAACAUUUUACCAUAUAACAGAAACAGAGUCAAGCUGGCUUCCAUUUACGGACAGAAAGGAUCUGAUUACAUAAAUGCAAGCUAUAUUGAUGGAUAUCGACACCGCCAUGCUUUCAUCGCCACACAAGGACCCUUGGAGAACACCGUUGCUGAUUUUUGGAGAAUGAUUUGGGAACAGAAUUGCAACAAUAUUGUUAUGCUUACAAAGCUUUUCGAAAAAAGCAAGGAGCGGAGUUGUCAAUACUGGCCAAAUUGUGGUAGUGCAACAUAUGGGAAGUUUCUUGUUGAUGAGCUGAGAGAAAGAGAUGAUGAAUGCGACAACGUUGUUAGAAGAGAGCUUAACUUGACCUAUACGGAGACUGGAAGAUCGAGAAGAUUGACCCAUUACUUGUACACAGGAUGGCCUGAGUACGGCUCUCCCAAUUCGGGGACCGACAUCAUCAAACUGAUAUCUUUGGUGCAAAGUCUUAAAGCCAUCCGAGGAACCGGGCCUGUCGUUGUUCACUGCAGUGGCGGAGCAGGGCGGACUGGGGCUUUUAUAGCCAUUUGCAUCUGCAUACAGAAACUGAAAACAGAAGGGACUGUAGACAUCUUCCAAACUGUGCGGCAACUGCGAACGCAAAGACCUGCUAUGGUGCAGACAAUCGAUCAAUAUUAUUUCUGCUAUCAAGCUUUGAAAGAUUACGUUGAUACGACAACUGAAGUUUCGAAAUGUUACGAUUUAGACGAAUCUCUCGCGUAAAAUAUGACCUUUGUCGCCGAAAUUACGCGUUACGUUUUUGAGUGUGCGGCUUGCUAAUUUUGACUGUUGACUGGUUGGCGGUACAGAAAUUUCGACAAGUUAUCGACACUGAAAGCGCAAGGUACGUUCUACAAAGAGAUCGAUGCAUCGAAUCACAGAGUAAUAAAGGCCGUCGGGCUCGGCAAGCUUGUAUUUUUGUACAAGAGAGAUAUUUUUCUUUUGUUUUCUGAUACCAAUCGAAAGAAGAUAACAAUAUACUGUUGAGAAGAAUUCAUGCUGGCUCUUAACAGGCCUGUCCCAGAACAGAUGAUGACAAUAGAUUCGUAUUGUUGUGUUGUUUAUAUAGAAUAUUUAUGCACAUUUUUAAGCAGAUUUUUGUAACCUAUAUGGUUUUCAAGGUUCAGAACUAUAUAGAACUCACAUUGGUUGAAAAGAUAAUUAAGUAUUUAGAAAGCUUAAAAAUAGAUAAUACUUUAGAUACUGUUAAUCAAUUUAAUAUAUGUUUUUUAUUUUGCUUCAUCACAACUUAAGUAAAGGCGAUUCCCCUUUCUUCGGGCAAGUAGCCACAGCAUUAGGGGCAACAUUAGAUAAGGCUCAUGUAAACUGGCUUUAAAGAGGGGGCUUUCGGAUCUCAUUGGUUGUGGGUUUGGCCAAUCAAGUCGCAGGGUUUCAGGUUUUUUUCUGGCAAACGUGCGGGUCUUUGCGUUUUGAACACUGGAAUUUAGUAUGGGUUUUCUGGAUUUAUCUAAACUUUUGUCCGGGUUUGCAGGUUUUAGUACCCCCCCCCCCCAAGCCCUCUCCUUACUAUUUGUAUUCAAACAUGGUUUUGUGUAUGUUAUAAUAUUUUUUGCAAUGCAUUUUGACAACGCUUUCUAUAGUUUUCUUAAAUUUUUAUGAAUUAGAGCCAAAGCACAGGCUUAUUUAAUAGGCAGGAUUUCGGAAAGGGAUCAGUCCCCGCUUUGCGUUAUCAAGGUAGGCAAAACUAAAAACAAUACGUUAGCCUACAGUUGGUAUUAAGUUUUAAGUUCAUGAUGUUUGAAAACCACCAAGGAAGUUGGGAUCCAUGUCGGGAUCCAACCAUUGUCCAAGCAAUUCCGAAGAUGGCAAGUAAUUACAUCAUUACAAUUUGAAACGACUAUAUCUAAACAGAGAAUAAACCUGAUGGUUUUGUUUCUGGCGUCUUUUGCUGCUGCAUAUAAAUGGUGUUUUAUUAGAAAGAAAGUUUCAAAUAUAUCAGGUUAGACAUUAUGUAAGAUUAUAUUCUUAACUCUUAAUAGAUGACAGACGUCCAUUAUCGAUAAAUGUAGGGACUUUUGUAGGAACAGGGGUGAGGGGGUUAAAAAAGGCUAGCAUUGUCAUUUAUAUGCCUCCAAGUUUGCUUCCAUCAUGAUAUCAUUGUAAGCAAUAAAUGAAAAACAUUUUCACAACAUCCAGAAAAUUUCUUCAAUCAGUGUCGUUAGCGUAUGGUCUAUAAAAAUUUGACCACCUCAAACCCUGGCCCCUUUUCUGACAAACCUACUCUAAUCUUUUUAGGAUCUAAUUAUGCACACGUCACAUAAACAUCCGCUUUUUAGCUUUUACAGUUUUUCAUGUUAGAUAUAUAUUUCUUGGUAUUAGAGUGUCUUAGACUUUCUUUGUAUUAUUUCGUUGAAAUAUUUAAAAUAGUUCUCAUUGAAAUUGUCGUUAAUUUAUAGUUGAUUUCAUUUUAAUUUAUGAUUUUGUGCUUGUUUUUCGUGAUUUCGUGUUUAAUAUUAUUAUAAUCGAGUAUGAAUUUUUAUAUUCUGGAUAAUAAACGUUUCGUAUGGACUCUAGAUAGCAAUUUCGUCUUUCGUGUUAAAAAUAAAACUAAUUUUA